ACUCGGCCAGCGGGCCUGCCUGGCCCCUUGCCCCAAGCGCUGCCUCCUGGCUGUACGCGCGGGCCCGUCCCGAAGGAGCGAAGGGCCUCAGGGAUGCAGGAGCCGGGGGCCGGGCGCGGCCGGGCCGGAGGGCCAGGCCUGAUCACGCGGGCGCCGUUCAUGCGGCGGAGCAGGCAUUCGGGUCCGCCUGCAGCGGGGGCCGUGUGUCCUUGUUGUUUUUUUUAGAAACAUGGAAAGUGGUGCAGUUCUGCUGGAAUCCAAAUCCUCACCAGUUAACCUUCUGCAUGAAAUGCAUCAACUACGACUUCUGGGUCACCUGUGUGAUGUGACUGUCAGCGUAGAGUACCAGGGUGUCCGUGAAGAAUUCAUGGCCCAUAAGGCGGUGCUGGCAGCCACUAGUAAGUUUUUUAAGGAAAUGUUCCUUAAUGAGAAGACUGUGGAUGGUACUAGGACCAACGUCUACUUAAAUGAAGUGCAAGUAGUUGACUUUGCUUCAUUUCUUGAGUUUGUCUAUACUGCAAAGGUACAGGUGGAAGAAGAUCGGGUACAGCGAAUGCUGGAAAUGGCUGAAAAGCUCAAAUGUUUGGACUUAUCAGAAACUUGUUUUCAAUUAAAGAAACAGAUGUUAGAGUCAGUACUUUUGGAGUUGCAGAAUUUCUCUGAGUCUCAGGAGGUGGAAGGGAGCAGUAGCUCCCAAGGCAGUGUUGCUCCUGAGGCUAGGGCAGGUUUGGCUGUGGACAGUCCUCUCCCUAAUGGCCUCGUGGACUCCUCAGAUCCCUCAGUGCAGAGAAUCAGCAAUGGCCUAUUGUUAAAUAUGCCCUCGAGGAAGUCCAAGGAGAAACCAGACAAGAGGAAAGAUGUAGUUAAGCCUCCCUACCCUAAAAUCAGAAGAGCUAGUGGAAGGCUGGCUGGCAGAAAGGUAUUUGUGGAAAUUCCUAAAAAGAAAUACACAAGAAGACUCCGAGAGCAGCAGAAAAGUGCCAAGGAUGACGCAGGGGACUACAGGUGUCUCCAAGACCCCAGCCCAGACACUGUGGGAACAGAGAUGGAGCCAACAACAAAGAAUGAGAACUGCAGUGCUGAGGUGGAGGAGGUGCUACAGAAGGCAGGGCGGGAGGACGAGGAGGGCGAGAAGAGGAAAAGCAACUUUAAGUGUACUGUAUGUGAAAAGGCUUUUCUGUAUGAGAAGAGCUUCCUGAAGCACAUCAGGCAUCACCACGGAAUGGCCACUGAGGUGGUUCACCGCUGUGACACCUGUGGCCAGACCUUCGCCAACCGCUGCAACCUGAAGAGCCACCAGCGCCACGUGCACAGCAGCGAGCGUCACUUCCCCUGUGAGCUCUGUGGGAAGAAAUUCAAGAGGAAGAAGGAUGUCAAGCGGCAUGUGGUGCAGGUCCAUGAGGGGGGUGGUGAGCGGCACCAUUGCCAGCAGUGCGGCAAGGGCCUCAGCUCCAAGACAGCCCUGCGGCUCCACGAGCGGACACACACGGGCCUCAAGCCCUACAGCUGCACCGAGUGUGAAGCCAAGUUCUCGCAACCCUCUGCACUGAAGACCCAUAUGAGAAUUCAUACAGGGGAAAAACCUUUUGCCUGUGAUGAAUGUGGUGCAAGAUUCACUCAGAACCACAUGCUGAUUUAUCAUAAAAGGUGUCACACAGGUGAAAGACCUUUUAUGUGUGAAACAUGUGGCAAGAGUUUUGCUUCUAAGGAGUAUUUAAAACAUCACAAUAGAAUCCAUACUGGAUCCAAACCCUUUAAAUGUGAAGUUUGUUUCAGGACUUUUGCCCAGCGGAAUUCCCUUUACCAGCAUAUUAAAGUCCACACAGGGGAACGUCCCUAUUGUUGUGACCAGUGUGGUAAGCAGUUCACCCAGCUCAAUGCUCUCCAGCGCCACCAUCGGAUCCACACAGGAGAGAAGCCAUUCAUGUGUAACGCAUGUGGAAGGACAUUUACUGACAAGUCCACUCUCCGGCGACAUACCUCAAUACACGAUAAGAAUACUCCAUGGAAGUCUUUCCUUGUUAUUGUAGAUGGCUCACCAAAGAAUGGUGAAGGACACAAGACUGAACAGCCUGAUGGAGAAUAUGCAUCAUCCAAACUUUCAGAUAAAUUGCUGACUUUUGCAGAAAAUGGCCAUUUUCACAACCUGGCCACAGUCCAAGACAGCAUACCUACCAUGCAUGAGAACAGUUGUGCUCAUACAGCCUGCAAAUCGGACGAUUCUGUGGUGUCCCAGGAUACUCUGCUGGCCACUACCAUCAGUGAGCUUAGCGAGCUGACUCCACAGACAGACUCGAUGCCCACACAACUUCACUCUUUGACCAGCAUGGAAUAGGAGCUUAAAGUUAUCUGCCAAGCAGGUCCCAUCCUGUGUCUUGUGUGUGUAAAAGCUUUAUGCAAGAUGAUAUCAGGGGCUAAGAAAAAGAACUGUCUGCAGGCAAAGAAGUGGGCAAGAUGAUUUCUGCAGAUUUUCUUAAAUUUCUGAUAACAUGCACAUCUUUAUCAAAGCAUUUUUAAAGCUUUCUCCUAAAUUCUGAUCUGCAUGACCUCAGCUACACUUUAUCAACAAACAUGGCAAUUCACAUAACCUCACUUAAUUCUGGAGUAGGCUGCUAUAUGCAUUAAUCAUUCUAAUGCUUAUUAUCUUGAUGUAUAUGAAGUUUGGACAACUGUUUACCUUAAUAGUAGAGUAAUAGCAUUGAUCCAGCUCAUGAAAUUGCUGUUAAUGGUCUCCUUGGUCUCUUAGCCUGCCUUAUGCUUCCAAUUCGGUUUAUUUCUCUGGUACCUUUAAGGUAUUUUUCUGCCAAGCUGAAAUAAAAUUGGGGCCAUGUAUUUCCAGUUUCUUCCCUGUUGAAUUGAAGCAAAUCAGAUUUGCUCUAGGGACUCUUGAAUGGGACUGAAGAAAUGAAUUACUGCAUUAAUUCCCCUCCCCUAUCCUCAACUAAAAAAGGAAUGACAAAUCAAACAGAAAAAAACUAAGUAUAAUCUCUACUCACAGCAAGCACAUAUGCAGCUAGGAAAUUGGUCAUAAAGUAGCUUUUAAAAUGAAAUGUGGCUGUUCAGUUUCAUUUCUAGAAAUCCAAUAAUGUAAAAACUGUCCUACCAAAGAUUUUAGCAGCAAACUGUACAGUAUAUGCAAAGAGGUGUGAAAAAUUAAGCAAGAGGCUUAAGAACACUUGAACAUUGUGUAGUCAUUUUAUUCACAAGUAGCAAUGAGGUGAUUCUUAGAGCACAGAGUGUUAGUAUUUUUGCUUGGUCUUUCUGACUUAAUUUCUGUAACUCUUCAGCAACUCAAACUUCCUCAUUUCUACAUCAAGAGCUAGAAACAGGCAAGUGUUGCCACACUUAUUUCCUUGGGAGCAUGUGAGAAUAUAGAAGGGAUCAAAAGCCUUGGCACACUUAUCAAUUAUGCCUUAAGAGUAUGUUGUGAAGAACCAGUAAGUUUUGUCUUAAAUGCGCCUUUCUUUGGCUGUCUUAUACUAGACUUAAUUAUUGCCAGAAUGAAUUUGCAAUGAAUGAAAAGAUUCUGCUGUUUUUGCUAAGCCUGAUUCUUGGUUCCAAUGGCUUUUGUUUGUUGUGUGCUUAUGAAAUGCUUUGACUCACAUGUAACCCUAAACAUUAAUUUAAAAGAACCUUGAAGGAGAAUUAUUUUGUUCACCAGUUGUUUUUCUACAUUUUAAUUUAUUAAACUUGCUGUGAAAACACUUUCAUUUGUUAAGAGAAAGUUACUUUAUCCAUAAGUUCCAGGAUGAAGACAGCUGCAUUAUGCCAGAAACUGAGGGAAGACUUUCUUCCUAAGUGCUUAUUUUAUUCUAGUUUGUAACAUGUUACAUGCUAAAGCCACUAUAAGGUGUUUUAGGUGCUGAUAACAUGUUUCACACCUGCUCUUGAAGAUAGCAGUACUGAACUACUUCAAAUUCAAUUAUGACAACAUAUCCUAGUUGUGUUUACAAAACAAAAAAAGUGACCGUCACACAACCAUUUUAUUCUAGGUAAGAGAAUGAACCUGCCCAGCCAAUGUACUGUUUCAUGGAGUAAAGUCAUCUCAAUGAGAAGAAAUUUAAAUAAUAGAUUAUUUUGUUACCUACUGGAAGAAUUUUUGUCUUGAAUUUGUUUCUUUAGAAAUUCUAUAAAAAAUUGUUUAAUGUGUUAAUAAAUGUUUGCUUUGUAAAACUUGCUUUGCAAGUCUUAAGUUUAUUUCCAUUAUUAAAAUUUAGGCUCUGUAGAUUGAAACAAGUAUAAUUUUCCUUAAUUUCAUGGAUAAUGAAGUUUAAAAUCAAGGUCUGUAGUCCUAGGAUUAAUCUCUUUUAUUUUAACUAUGUGGAUCACACUUAUUUUUUUAGAAGUGAAAGGCCUGGUGAUAAGUAACACUGACUUCUGCUUACAUAGAAGUAACCGUGUACUGGUGCUGUGGAGUAUGUAAGUGGGCUGGUUUCUUCAAUGUUAUGCCCAGGUUUGUAUCACAGAGAUUUCUCUAGUAUAUCUGUUUCUCUCUCUCUUUUCUGGGAAGUAAGGCUGCCCCUGAGAACAGAAAUCUGAAAACCUUGUAGAAGUGAUCUAUCUUCACCUAUUUCUCUUAAGCCAAAUACAGCUUCCCUGAGUGAAAGUAAGGCUACACUCUCAUAUGUCAGUCCCAAAUCCCUGAUUAGGUAACUGCCCUUGGUGCUGGCACUGCUUCUAGAGCAUUAGGACAGGUGACUGGGGAGGUGAUUUAGUGCCUUCCAACCAUCUUGUGGGAAAUAUUCUCAACCCAAACUCCAAAGAUCACCCAGGCUAAGCCCCAGAAACCACCCACUUACUUUUGCCAAUCUACAGGGACUCAGCAAGACUAACAAAACCAGAUUUUAAACCACUAUGGUGGCUUCUUUCAAUUAGGAAAUGAUUCUGAGAUAAGCUAACCUUGAAUGAUCAACAACUUCUCAGAAUUUCUAGGCUGGGAUGGCCUUUCUGUUCAGUUUUCAAACUUUGCUUUGCAUUCUCUAUAAGUUAUUGUGAAUAUGCUCACAGACCUGAACACUGCUCUCUGACAGGAUGAGCUGGCCUGCACUACCCCAUAUGGCAUCCUCUUCCUCCACUUGGGGCCUGAGUGGCCAACCCUCCCCAGGGGCAUGUGCUAACCCUGUAUAGACAUCUGCAAAGUUAAAGAAAUGCCCACACUGCCAACAGCUGAAUGGCUACAGGGUUCCUCAUCCCCCAUUCCCCCGACACCUAAGAGUCUUCUAGGAACCAAUCCUCCCUCAACUAUAAAACUGACUGUAGCCUAAAGGAUGCAGGCAACAUUCCUUAACAGGGCAGCAAGAAGUGAAGCUUACAGUCAUCGUGCAAACUCAGUGGACUGCAACAACAGACUGUAACCAGGGCUGCUUUCAUAAACCCUCAGGUGCAAAACCAUUACAGUGCCCUGAAUUUCCACCAAGUAACAGAUUUUAACAUCGUCAAACUCAUGUUUGGAUGGAUAUUCAAAGAGCCUGCCUAGAGAAUAUUAAUGCCCAUUGCCUUAAACUUAAUAGGGACAAUGUCAAGAAAAGGAAGGUAUUAUUGAUCUGUGUAAACUUACCUAGGAAAGACCUGUCAAAAUAUUACUCAUAAUUUCCACUUUAUUUACUGUACAGGUUCACGAAAAACAUACAUACUCUUUUCUGCUAUGGUAGAAUUAUCGUCACAUGGUUAAUUUUCAUAAUACAAUCCUCCACCCAAGAGCAUGAGGAAGAACACCACAGUGACCGAUUCAUAACUUCACAGGCAGGAGCCUAUGCGCACACCACAGGUGGUGGGUCACAUGCUGUGCUGCCAAACCCUCCAAAGAAAGCCACAAAGGUUUGCAUUUGGACAUUUUAAAUGCACAGUAGCAGAGAAAACAAUAAAUGCACACAUUUUGGUUAUAGUGACACCAUCACACACAGUCAUGACUGUGCAAAAAUACUGUUUUAAAAUAAACAAAAAAGAACUCACACAAGCUAUAAAAAUGUUGCCACAAAAAGCAAAGCUUUCCCGUAAGAAAUUUUAACUGACUUUGACUAUGAACUAACCCCAUAUUUGUUAAAAUACAAGAACUGUAGCAUAAACAGUCAUUAUAUUUUGUUCAUAAAUAACAUUCUAUAAAUCCUGAGAACCUAGCUUGGGCGUCUGAGUCAUGGUACUACUCUUAUGUUCAUUGAUGGGACAUCUCAAAGAAGGAAGUUUGGACACUGCUAAUAGAACAUUUUCCCUCUCAUUUUCCUUUUAUCUUCUAGCAGGUUUGUUCUAGUCGUUAUAGUUAUUUUUACUCUUUCGUGUGAAAUAUUUUUAAAAAUUCUUAACUCAGGCACUGAUCCCAGUGUUUAUUUCAACACAAGCAAGUCUCUGAUUGACAGAAAAUGUUGCCAAAACUAUUUUUAAAAACCAUAACUCUUUCAGACAGGGGUUUGUUAGGGGAUCAUGAGGAAAGCUAAAUGGAAUUGCCUUAAAAGAAAUAAUUUGGUUUUUCCUUUAAGUGGCCAGACCAGAAGAUUCUUUUAACAAGUGGAAACAAACUUUCUAGACUAGUGAUGAAAGAAGCAUGUGGCUGGCUAGGAUUUAAAUGCUCUCCAGAUGGGACAGACUUAUGGCCAGAGUUCACCAGCUACAAAAGCACUUUCCAUGACUCACUUUCACAAAAGUGCAUUUGGAAAAAACCACAAAAGUGCAUUUGGCUGGUUGUGGAAUAGGUUAGGUAAAGCAACAAAAACCCACUUUUCUCUUAUAAUAUUUUCAUAAGAGAGUCCAACAGGUAAUAAGUAGCAAAUGAACUCCGUUCCAAAUUGUACUGUAAGCGAUAGCCAGCUAUCUUUUAAGAAUCCCUGACCUUUGAAGGAAGAAAGAAAUCCUCAUCAGAUUCCAGGGCCCAAUACCAGUGUCCAUGUCUUCUGAUUCAUUCCCUCUACCCUCAACUGACACUGUGACACCACUAACCUUCCCCUCCACCGUUCCACCUCAUGCAUGUCACCCCACUACAAUGGCCAGUGAACUCUCACAGCCACCUGAGAAAUAGCCUCCACAAUUGGGCCUCAGCUGGCCCUUUCCAACUUCCUUUCCUGCUACUUUCUCCUUCAUCCCAGACUGAUCUAUUCACCAUCCCCAAACCUUCCUCCUCACUGAGCCCUUGGUCUAGGCACACCCACUCUACUUCUGCCCAACAAAAGCCUACUAAUUCCAGUUGAGGGCCGUCCAAAAAUGAAACACCAUUUAAAUACCAGUUACUACCUAACAUAACAUGGGAAGUUUCAUUACCUGUCAUUAAUGACUGCAGCACAAUUUAGAAAGAAACAGGCUAUGUCUGGCAACCAAUGCACAACAAACAUAAGUCAUUUAAGCCUAAAAAUAUGCAUAGAAGAGGAGAUUCAAAAAACAAGACCACAUCUAAAGUACAAUGUCAGCAUAUAACAUAAUGGGUAGAGAUCAAGUUCAUAAAUCCAACAGAGUACAUAUUAUGUAAACCAAAA